AUGGAAAACUAUUUGAUAAUAGGAGGUGAAGGUUUUGUUGGCAGAUGGAUAGUAAAUCAACUGAUAAAACGUGGUGAAAAAAACAUUACAGUAUUUGAUGUAAUUCAACGAUACUUUGAUGAUGAUGAUAAAAGCGAGGUAAAAAUAAAACAUGUAAUAGGAGAUUUAACAAAUUCUCAAGAUGUUGAAAAAGCGAUUAAGGAAAAUGGAAUAACUUGUGUAAUUAAUACUGCGUCACCACCUCAUGAUGGUAAAAACGAAGAAAUGUUUUGGAAGGUUAAUGUACAAGGAACCAAAAAUGUAAUUGAAGCAUGUUUAGCUAAUCAAGUUCAAAAAUUGGUUUAUACUAGUAGUUCUAGUGUUAUUUAUGAUGGUGUAAAUGAAUUGAUUAAUGCGGAUGAAACUUAUCCUUAUCCUGAUAAACAUAUGGAUGUUUAUAAUGAAACAAAGGUAUUAGCUGAAGGAGAAAGACUUGUAAUUGCAGCUAAUGGUAAAAAUGGCUUACUUACAUGCUGUUUACGUCCAUGCGGAAUAUUUGGUCCAUAUGAUCGUCAGGCUAUACCAGCAUUGAUUAAAGUGAUGGAACGUGGACAAACCAAAUUUCAAAUUGGUGAUAAUACAAAUUUAGUUGAUUGGACCUACGUAGAAAAUAUAGCUUAUGCUCAUUUAUUAGCGGCUGACAAAUUAAUAGAGGGAAAUGGUGUAGACGGCGAAGUAUUUAUUAUAACAAAUGGUACGCCAAUACCAUUUUGGGAUUUACCUAGAAUGGUUUGGGCACAAUUUAAUCAUUACCCAUCUUAUAUAAUCACUCUACCAAAAUCGUUUGGCAUAAUAAUUGCAUCAUUAGCAGAAUUAACAUCCUACCUAACCGGAAGCACACCAGGAUUUACUAGAUUUAGAAUCAAGUUUAGUACUAAUAAUAGAUAUUUUAAUAUUUCAAAAGCAAAAGAACGAUUAGGUUACGAACCAUUGGUUGAUUUAGAGGAGGGUAUUAAAAGGUCUUGUUCUGUUGUAAAAUUAUAA